GUCGGCAGUGUUGGAUUGGAUCGGAGCAAUUUCAAGACAUCCUAUUCAGCUGAGCUAUGCCCUGACUUCCAUAAAUACUACGAAAGAUAUACAGCAUUUGUAAAGGAAUAUUUCGAUAUGGCACCAGAUGACGAAAAGCUGUUACCACGAUGUCGACAAUGGCAUAAGGAAGGUCAACUGCGAGGGCUGUCAAAGGAAGCAAACGAUCAGCAUUUGAAGACGCGGAUCCCAGAUUCGGACUACGCUGAAAUCCUCAAGGGUUACUUCCCACGUGUGAAGAAGCUUGUUUCGACGGCGUCACCAAAAUAUGGAGCGAUUAUAGCCAAAUUGUUAUCGCAUCAAUUUGAAACGAUCAGCAGUCAUCCAUAUCUGCACAUGGCUGCAGCUGCCUACUGGCGCCAAAAUGGAGAUCUGCAAGAAGCGUUCAGUUGUUACAAAACAGCGGUGGCAUAUGCAGAGAAACUGCUAUCCGAAGGUGGAGAGGGCGGUCAACUCAGUCUAGAUGCUAUUCAUGUAGCUGUAGCCACAUUGUUCAACAAAAUUGAUCAACCUGAAUCGGCGAUGGCUAUUCUGGAGUAUUCUUUUACGAAGGACGAUCCAAACAGCUAUAACCCUUGCGUAUUUUUGAAAGCACAAGCAGCCAUGGCCGAUGCUGCCUAUCUGAAGUUAGACGCUUCACGGAUUGAAGGCAUCCAAGUCGAGCAAGUAGCUGACUUUGCUCGUAUUGUCGCCUACUUCUCUGAUCCAUUCAUUAAGCAACUGCUUGUCCCACCCACCGAUUCGAAUUAUGUGGCGGAGUUGUUGAAAUUCCAUGAGGUUCUGCUGAAGAAACUGGGCGCGAUGAGCUGUCAGAUAGAUCUGUUUGUUGAGCUAGCGAAGCAGAAGGAAAACUUGGACCAUCUGGUUUCUGAGAAGUUGCGCUUCAAUGAUAUGUACGGAGAUCAGAUGAAAAUAGCGGAUCAAAUACGUGAGAGAAUGGUGAACGAGAGAACACGACGAUCUCUAACAUUGGGAUACGAGGAGGUNUAUGGAGCGAUUAUAGCCAAAUUGUUAUCGCAUCAAUUCGAAACGAUCAGCAGUCAUCCAUAUCUGCACAUGGCUGCAGCUGCCUACUNUUUGGCUGAUCGUAUCAUGGAGGACAUAGAGAUUGCACAGCGUAUUCGAUCGAUGCUGGAAAACCUGAAUGACACAGCAUGGCGUGUCGCGGAAGUCUUCGCAACCGACAAAGCCUUUGAAAAGAAACUGGAGUCGCUACGAGGAAAAAUGCCGUUAAACCCUCAGAUGCCAAAGAAGUACCCUCUCGACAGUGCAACGUGGGCGACUGUACGUGAUCGCUUCUGGCGUCGAGCCGAUUGGCCGUCAAGCGUCGAUUGCCAAAUGAUCAUCUCACGAACGGAUAUUUUCAAUGAGAAAUGGUUCCCACAGGUGUUCAUUAGUCCGGAGAAUAAAGGGUUUAUGAUCGCUGAAUAUCUAACAAGAGGCAUUGGGUUGGAAUCCCACGAAGAUCAUCCGUUGCCAUGGCGUGAACCGUACUGCAAAGAGGUGAACAUGGUGGGACACGAGCUCAGUUUUCUCACCGGACUGGUCACGGCCGUAAAUACUCGUCCAUCAAAGGAAUAUGCUGAAACUCGUCUUAAAUCAGUUCUGGUGCGUUUGGCUGAUCGUAUCAUGGAGGACAUAGAGAUUGCACAGCGUAUUCGAUCGAUGCUGGAAAACGACAUUGGCCCAAGGUGGCUGGCGGCCAACCUGGCAGCGCUUUACUGGCGUGUUAAAGGCAAUCCUAAGCAGGCUGCCUUCUGCCUUAUCGAGGCGAUCCUGUUGCAGCCGAAUUACGCUGAUAUCGCUUUUACUCAACUUGCACAAUUGAUCUUGAAAGUUACUAAACAAAAAGCUGAACCAGCGAAGCUUCUCUUGAUGGCCAGCAGUGUCGAUCAUGAUGAGCCAAUGGUCCACUGGCUUCGUGCUCGAUUGGCGUUACUGUCAAACGAUGUCGAUGGAGCGUUAAAGUUUCUCAAGUUAUCGUUGGACAAGGACCCCUUCAAUACCGUAGUUUCGGAAGAUUUACUGAAAGUGGCUUGUAGUGGAAAGUCGUCCAAGUUAGCGAUCUCGUCACGAUUUCCUACUGUGUGUUGCUCCUCGGUCGUCCAAAAUGCUGUCUGUUUCAGAGGAAUUAUGGAUUUUGGUUUGAAACACGCACCAGGUCAUCAGUUAUCUGAAAAAUUAAGUGGAAAUUCACUUAAUGAUAUAAAGGUAGCUUAUGGCAAUAAGUGA